AUGCCGUUCUUGAAUCUUAUUGCCAGAUGGGGAACCCUUGAAGGGCGUGAUAACUCGAAACCUCUCGCCCUCGCAGUUCUGUGGAUUUCAAUUGCUGUAGUGCUAGCUAUGACAAGAGUGGCAUUUUUGGCAUAUUCAGUAAACAUGCUCCUUAUCAAACGAUUCACCCCCGAUACAUCGUCGCUCGGUACGACCAUGAGUUUGGUCCAAAUUUGCAUUUGCUUUUCUCGAGCAAUCAGUCCAGCUUUUACAAGUGCUACAUAUGCGUUUUCUGUGCAAUACCACAUUUUUGGCGGUUACCUUUGGGUUAUCAUCAUGGUAUUGAUAGGGCUAACUAGCUCCCGGUUCUCGGCAACGGUGGUUUUGGAGAGUUCCAAAUUAUAUGACGUCUAA